CCCUGCAGACCAAUGACGGCAGGAGGGCGGGCCUCGCCCCUUCGGCUCCACCCCCCGGGCCAAGAGAGGUAUGUUCCGAGGUCGCCGUACCUGGUAGCUGGACCCGAAUCUCCUCGCAGCGCUGCAGAAUUAGAAAGCUGCCUGCGGAGAUUUGAGAAAUGGAAGCUAACGGAAGCACUGGUAUCUUCAGCUCGGCAUCCAUGGCUGUGGAGUACAUAGAUUCACUUCUGCCUGAGAAUCCUCUGCAAGAACCAUUUAAAAAUGCUUGGAACUCUAUGUUAAAUAAUUACACAAAGUUCCAGAUUGCAACGUGGGGAUCCCUUAUAGUUCAUGAAGUCAUUUAUUCCUUGUUGUGUUUACCUGGAUUUUUAUUUCAGUUUAUACCUUACAUGAAAAAGUACAAAAUCCAAAAGGAUAAACCAGAAUCAUAUGGAGGCCAAUGGAAAUGUUUUAAAGUACUUCUCUUUAAUCAUUUUUGUAUCCAGCUGCCUUUGAUUUGUGGAACGUAUUAUUUUACAGAGUAUUUCGACAUUCCUUAUGAAUGGGAAACAAUGCCAAGAUGGCAUGCGCUUUUGACAAGAUGCUUGGGCUGUGCGGUCAUUGAAGAUACCUGGCACUAUUUCUUGCAUAGACUCUUACACCACAAAAGAAUAUAUAAAUAUAUUCAUAAAAUUCAUCAUGAGUUUCAGGCUCCAUUUGGAAUGGAAGCUGAAUAUGCACAUCCUUUGGAAACUCUGAUCCUUGGGGCUGGAUUUUUCAUUGGAAUCCUGCUUUUGUGUGAUCACGUAGUUUUUCUUUGGGCUUGGGUGACCUUGCGUUUGAUGACAACUGUUGAUGUCCACAGUGGUUAUGAUAUUCCUAUCAACCCUUUAAAUUUCAUCCCUUUCUAUUCCGGUUCCCGGCAUCAUGAUUUCCAUCACAUGAACUUCGUUGGAAAUUAUGCUUCGACAUUUACAUGGUGGGAUAGGCUUUUUGGAACAGACUCUCAGUAUAAUACUUAUAAUGAAAAGAUGAAGAAGAUGGAGAAAAAAAAUGAAUAAAUCUCUCACAGACCUUCCUGAAGACCUACAUUUUCCUGAAUUGCAAGUAGUAGCUAACAUUGCUUCCAGGGAACAGAAAUAAGCAUGUGUCUUGGCUGCUAAGUGAUGAAAAGAACAUUAACAACCUUUAACUGUCUUUCCUAGUGGGAACUUUUUCUACUUUACAUACAAGAUCUGUGUAUGUAUAAAUAAAUAUAUACUCAAGUACAGUUUUUGUGAGGUUAGCCAUGUUGCUAACCUUAAGAGGUUUUUCAGUACUGAAAGAAGUAUUGUUUGUCUUUUCCCCCAGUGCUACCAGAGACCUGAAGCUGACAGUCUCUUUAAGUUUGUUAGGUACGUAUUGGUCAUUCUUAAUAAUGGUGUUGGCCUUACCUUUGAAACAUUUUUUAGAAUUCACCUAAAAUAAAAAUAUCAUGAGUGGAACUGCAGCAGCUGAGACAGCGAGUGAUAAAAGCCAGCCAAUCAGCAGCCGCCACUGCCAAGAACUCCUAACUCUUGGCUGGAGCUGAUCAGUUUAGGGUGAUUCUUUGGGGAGCUAUUUUUUUUUUUGGUACUGGGGAUCGAACUCAGGACCUUCGGCUUGAGAGGCAGGCAGUGAACCACUGAGUUAAAUCCCUGGCCCUGGGGAGCUCUUUUAUAUCGCAAUACACUGUUGGUGUCUGUAAAUUAAGACAUUUCUGAUUUGAUGUAAGUGGAAUAUUUCAGUCAAAAGGUUUCUCAGAUUAAAUUUUUUUAAAAUUCAACUUUCUGCUAUUUACCCUUUCAUUUUUGUAUAGUAAGUUUUCUUUAUACUUAAAUCUGUAUCUUGAAACUUUGUGAACUGAUUUGCUGUAUUUGCACUUUGAGCUAUUGAAAUAAAUGUGUUUUUUUUCUGAC